AUGUCGAAUCGAAAACGAAAGGCUUCCGAAGAGCCCGAUCAGGACCGCAUGUCCACCUCGCCUGUACCCUCUCCGUCCUUCUCUAGCCGACCACUACCAAGCUCGAACACACCACGGAGUCUCAAGCGAACACGGACUGGGGCAGCAGUAGGCAAACCGUUAUCGCUGCCUAGACUUCUAGAGACACUUUCGGCAGCAGACAUGAGGCAGCUACUGCAAAACGUGGCCGACCAGCACCCUGAACUCCAGCAAGAGAUUGUCACGCAAGCACCACGACCAUCAAUAGAAUCCACACUAUCCGUCCUACGCACAUACGAAGACGACUUCCGGAAAGCCUUCCCACUAGGCAACCGCCCGACAUCCGACUACUCCUACAACCGCGUACACCAGCACCUAAAACACCUGAUAGAAGCAAUGCGAGACUACACCCCACACUUCCUCCCACCGCAAGAAACGCAAACACUGUCCUCCCUCAACUACCUCGACUCCGUCACAACCAUCAUCCACAACCUCCCAGACUGGGACAGCUACCAACACCAACGGCACAAGAACGAAGCAUACGAUGAGAUCAGCAAGGCCUGGGCGUUGGUGAUACGGGAGGCGUCAAAGAGGGCAGGUGGAUUUCAUUUGCAGUUUGGAGAGUGGGAUCAGAAGCUACAUGAGCAUAAUUCGAAGAGUAGUGGGAAGUUGGAGGAGGUGGUGCAUGAGCUGCAGGCUGCGCUGGGGUUCAUGCAGGCCGGGGGAGGACAUACACCACCGGGUGUCUCGGACGAGAGGAUGAAUAUUAGGAAUCAACUGUUCAGUGGGAACUUUCAGCAGUUGGGUGUUGGGCACGGACAUUGGUGCUAA